AUGCAGCUACGACUGCUCUUCUUUCUUUUCUUUCUCGUUUCGAGCACUUUCAGCGCGAGUCUAUCUGGGCGGGAUACCUGUAAUAACCUCAAAUCGAUACCUUUGCGAGACAUACCCGUUCCCUCAUUCCCUCCUUUUGACCCCGACCUCGCUCAAAUUAUGCGGUACCGCAAACAAGUUUCCGUCAACCUGGGCUCGUGGUUUGUUUUGGAACGCUGGAUGUCUCCUUCCAUGUUUACUUCGGUCUCUGGCCAAUCCGAACUUGAUGUGGCUUCUGCAUUUGACCCCUCGUGCUCACGGCGGCUGCUCGAACGACACUGGGCAAGACAUAUGAACGAUUCAGACUUUGCUUACCUCGCAAGCAUCGGCGUCAAUACGGUCAGGCUACCUUUGGGUUACUGGACGCUCGGGCCAGAGUAUUGUAAAGAUACCCCCUUUGACUCUGUUGCCCCUGUCUACCGCAAUGCUUGGAGUUUUCUUGUGAACGCGAUCAAUCAAGCCGCAGCGCAUAACCUGGGCGUACUCAUCGACUUACACGGCGCUGUUGGGAGUCAAAAUGGCCAACCUCAUUCCGGCACCUCAGAUCGUCGUGUUGGCUUGUUCAAUAGUCCCUCGAAUGUGGCCAAGACCAUCUCUGUUUUGACAUAUCUGACCCAGCAACUAUCCAAUGUCUCGAAUGUGGUCGGUAUCCAAAUUCUCAACGAACCUCAAGACAACCCAAAGCUCAGCGACUUUUAUACCAAAGCGAUCACAGCUAUGAGAGCAGUGUCCCCAAGCGCACAGACUCUACCACUCUAUAUUCAUGACGGCUUCAAUUUCCAGAAAUUCAGCAAAUUCGUCGCCAAGCGAAGCGAUUUCGUAGUGCUGGACUACCAUUCGUACUUUGUUUUCACCUCUCAAGACGCCAACGAUUCGGCAUACAACCUAACACAGAAAGUCACUCGCUCUGUCCAACCAAUGCUGGCAAAUGCGAACUUGCGCGGCAACCUCGUUGUUGGCGAGUGGUCUUGCGCACUCACACCACGCAGUCUAUCGUAUGAAAAGGACAAGGAAGCCGCUCGAAGAUCGUUCUGCAAUACUCAACUUGAUGUCUAUUCUUCUGUGGCAGCCGGAUGGUCCUUCUGGUCAUAUCAGCUAGAACAGUGCAAUCUCGACUGGUGCUUCCUCGCCGAUGUUGGUCGGAUUCUGCCCUCAGACUUUUCUCAAUCUUCCGAUGCAUGUGGCUUGCAACAGACAGACGAUGACGGCGGGCUUUUCAGAAGGGUGGAUCACGAAGCUCACCGUUUCUCAACACGCCGAAAACGACAAUCGUAUGAUGCUCAUCAGAAGUCUCAGGCGAAGGGUUACUCUGAUGGAAUGGACGCAGUUCGCCGCUUUUGUGCCUCCAACUCUCAAUUGGGUUUUGCGGAGCAGUUUGUCCAUGACCAAAUACAAGCACUCGGACCCGAUGUGGUAGCUCCUGGCACAGAGUCGGAUUACAAGCAAGGAUUCUUUCAGGGUAUGGAGGACGGUCGUGGAGGGCAAUAG